AUGUCUUCCUUCCUCGCAAAAGCCAUGCUUGCACUCUCUCUUCCGGUCUUCCUCGCCCACGCCCAGGACGCAGCCUUGUGUGGCAAUGCGUGCGACACCUACCAGCUCAACCUCAAGAACACCGACGACAUCUAUACCGAAGACGUGCUGACUCCGGGCUCUCCCAUAACCGGGGCGGACGUCCUGCAGAUGUGUGGCGACUUCAGCGAAUUCUCCCUAGAUGGGCUCGACUACGGCAGCGCCAUCAUCUGUUACAAGUGCGGUGGGUUCGGGGGAUCCGAGGCGGACGAGGACUUGUUGGAUGCGUGGGCCUUGGUCUGCGCCACGUACAAUGAGGCAGAUCCCGACGACGAGCCUCAGGUGGCCGAAGAGGCGGGGGCGACGUGUUGGAACUCGGAUCUUGCGGUCGACGACUGUGGGACGCUGGCAAGCAACUGA